GGGGAGGGGGAAGGGGCAGACAGACAGGACGGAUCACAAGCUCCAAGACAAGAGUUUCCAAACUUGUCAUCCCCCUGUGACACAAGCCAGCGGAUAAAACCGCCACCGAGCCCACACGAGAGGCAGCGCUCCUCCAGUGCGGUUGGAGGCGAAGCCAUGGGUUCUGCUGUCCUCCAGCUCUGGGCUCUCCUCUCCCUGCUGCUUCACCUUGCAGCCUGCAGCCCCAUCCUGAGCCUGGAGCACUCCUCUCUGGAGGAGGACGUGCCCCUUUUCGAUGAGAUCCUCUCUGAACAAGAUGGGGUGGAUUUCAACACGCUGCUCCAGAACAUGAAAAACGAGUUUUUGAAGACCUUGAACCUGUCUGACAUCCCCCUGCACGAGUCGGCCAAGGUGGACCCCCCCGAGUACAUGCUGGAGCUCUACAACAGGUUUGCCACAGACAGGACAUCGAUGCCUUCUGCAAACAUCAUCAGGAGCUUCAAAAACGAAGACCUGGAUUCCCACCCCACUGGCUCUCCAGGCACUCGGAAAUACCCGCUGCUGUUCAACGUCUCCAUCCCUCACCACGAGGAGAUCACCAUGGCAGAGCUGCGGCUCUACACCCUGGUGGGGCGGGACCAGAGGCUCUACCAAGGGCUGGACAGGAAGGUGACCAUUUUCGAAGUGCUGGAGAACGUCCCCGCGGGGGCCAGGGAGGAGAGGAGGUUGGUGGCCCUGGCCUCCAGGCACAUCUACGGCACGAGCAGCGAGUGGGAGAGCUUCGAGGUGACGGAGGCCACGCGGCGCUGGCGCCGGGCGGGGCUGAGCACGCACCGGCUGGAGGUUCACAUCGAGAGCAGCCAAGGGGAGGAGCAGAACGGGGAAGGGAAACUCGACAUCGACAUCAACUCCGAGGCCAAGCACGUGCCCCUGCUGGUGGUGUACUCCGACGACCAAAGCAACGACGGGAAGGAGGAGAAGGAAGAGCUGAACGAGAUGAUCGACCACGAGCAGCUGCUGGAGCUGGAGAACCUGGAGGUCGGCAACUUCCACGAGCAGCCCGGGGAGGAGGCGCUGCUCCAGAUGCGCUCCAACAUCAUCUACGACUCCACCGCCCGCAUCCGCAGGAACGCCAAGGGCAACUACUGCAAAAAGAGCCCGCUCUACAUCGACUUCAAGGAGAUCGGCUGGGACUCGUGGAUCAUCGCCCCCGCCGGCUACGAGGCCUACGAGUGCCACGGGGUGUGCGCCUACCCCUUGACGGAGCACGUCACGCCCACCAAACACGCCAUAGUCAAGACUUUGGUGCACCUGAAGAACCCCCAGAAAGCCUCCAAGGCCUGCUGCGUGCCCACCAAGCUCGACCCCAUCUCCAUCCUCUACCUGGAUGCAGGGGUGGUCACCUACAAGUUCAAGUACGAGGGCAUGGUGGUGGCAGAGUGCGGCUGCAGAUAGUAGGAGGGAACGCCGGCGUGGGGAGGGCACAGGGGGGAGUAUUUAAUGAUUCAGUCUGUAAAUUUGUACAUUUGCUAUUUAAUGAGGUUAUUUAAUGAGGCCUGUACAGAGAAUUGUGUGUUUGCUGGCACGGGGAAUUGUAUAUUUUGUUCCAUUGCCUGCUCCUCGCUGUCCGGAUCGCCGCCGAGCCUCUCCUCCUGCCAGGGCACGGAGCUGAUCCCUGGAUUGCUUGGGAGGGCUCUCGCUGCCAAAUUCACAGAAAUAAAGGCAUAUUUUUGUACUUUAUCAAUGUUGAUUGGCAUCUCCAGGGCUUUCCAGAGCUGUUCAAGAUAAAGAGUGAUGGGCAAUCACACCUAGACUGUUCAGUGUCCUGUAAUAUCUUUAUAAAGGUCUUUACAUGCUCGUUGCUUCUUAAUUUAUCUCUGUAGAUCUUACAUCCUGAUCAUUCUCAAGCUCCUGAAUCACUCAGACACAAAAAAGGUGAUUUUUUUCCCUUUUUUCUUUAAACUUUUUCCAGUCUUUCCCUGUUUCAGUCAAAAGUAACAGGCAGGGGUGAUUUGGCAUCUGGAGCAGAAGGGUACAAUUCCCUUUCCCAUCCUCCUUAGGAAAGCAAAUGGCCCAGGAGCAGUGCCAGGCAUGGCCAGGACAAGAAAUUCCCCCUGUGCAUUACAAAAUCCCUCUGAGGCAGCUCUGGCUUUGCUGCUGGCUCUCAGGACCAGAGCUCGAGGCGGCAGAAGGAAUUGCAAUAAAUUUCCUGAACCCUUGGAACUGCAGCAGCCAAAAUUGCCCUGGAGAUUUCCCGGAGCUCCCCCGAUCCCAGCCAGUGAAUCCCGUGAGCUGCAGAGCCCUCGGUGCCACGGGAGCAUCCUCCCCUCCCCUGAGCGCUGAGUUGUGCACUCAGAGGGAUAUUAGGGAUAUUCCUCCCCCCAGAGCCCAGAUUUGCAGUCACAUGCCAUGUCCCCACCACUCUUCUCCAACAAAUCCCGCUGAUAAGGAGGUGUCGGAGCUGAGAAACAAUAGACCCGUCACUUUAUUUAUACUAAGCUGCAAAUUUGUCAGAUUCUUGGGAAAGUGUAAGUGAUGUUGACUCUUUUAGCCUGCACCAGAGCCUCCUGAACUGUCCCUGCGUCUGUUUUACACUUUUAAGGGAAAGUUAUCUUCCCUGGGAGUGAUAAGGGUCUUUGAAGGAAUCACUCCAGCACUUCAUGAACACCAAAGACUUUUAUCACGCACCAGCUAAACCCAAACUCCCCCAUUUUCACACCAAACACUUCUGUGCUUCCCAUAAUUUAUUGCCCUAUUUAUUGACUGCCUGCCUUUGUAAUAUAAUGUAGAAUACAGAAUGUUUUAUUUUUUGUGCUUGUGUGUAAUCCCGCUCGGAUAAAACCUUGUGCUGACCCUG